AAACUAGUUAGAUUAUAUCAGAAGAACACAAAAAUGAGAAACCAGCCAUUUCUUCAUUUUGGUCUGUUAGGCAUUAUCCUUGUUCUUUGCUUAGCUCGAAUACCCUCUCAUCAAGCUCACCAACAACAUCAUUUCCCAAAUCCUAGACUCAGAAGUGCUUACAAAUCUCUUCAAGCAUGGAAACAUGCAAUUAUAUCUGAUCCAAAGAAGUUUACAUCGAAUUGGUAUGGACCCGAUGUCUGCAGCUACAAUGGUGUUUUUUGUGCACCAGCACUUGAUAAUCCUUACAUUGAAACAGUUGCGGGAAUUGAUCUCAACCAUCAAAACAUUGCUGGUUCAUUACCACGUGAACUUGGUCUUCUUACCGAUCUCGCCCUUUUUCACAUCAACUCGAAUAGAUUUUGCGGAACCAUUCCUGAAACUUUUAGAAGGCUUCGUCUUUUAUUUGAGUUGGAUAUCAGUAACAAUAGAUUUGCAGGUAAGUUCCCUUCGGUAGUACUUUGUCUACCUUCACUCAAAUUUCUUGAUAUUCGAUUUAAUAAAUUCGAAGGCAAAGUUCCUUCCAAGCUCUUUGAUAUGAAACUCGAUGCGCUCUUUAUAAACGACAACAAAUUUCGGUUCACUAUCCCGGAUAACUUCGCCAACUCGACUGUUUCCGUGCUUGUAUUGGCAAAUAACAAACUUAAAGGUUGUUUCCCUCCCGACAUGGAAAAAAUGACGCGAACACUGAAUGAGAUUAUUCUUAUGAACAAUGGGCUGCAUUCAUGUUUACCUCCAGAUAUUGGAAAUUUGAAUAAGUUGACCGUUUUCGACAUAAGUUUCAACAAUUUUGUUGGGCCACUGCCUGAGAUGAUGGGUGAUAUGAAGAGUUUGGAGCAACUAAAUGUUGGACACAACAAAUUUUCAGGAGAUAUCCCACCAAGUAUUUGUUCUCUACCGAAAUUGGGAAAUUUUACAUACUCGUAUAAUUAUUUCGAUGGCGAUGCACCAAGCUGUUUGGAGCUACCUGCUAAGGAUAAUAGAAAGAACUGUUUUCCAGAACAACCAUUACAGCGAUCAGAGGAGGAUUGUUCAUCGGUUCUUUCGCACCCUGUGGAUUGUGCUGCAUUCGGUUGUUCAACAAGUCAUUUACCUCCACCUCCGCCAUAUAUAGCACCACCUCCAUAGACCAUAAAUCAAUCAUUGUACUAUUUUAUGGCAGGUUUUGUUUGUCUUUACUUUGGUAUUGAUUGUAUAAAAUGCCAAAUGAAUGUAAUCCAUUUUAUGAUAGAUGCACAGUACGUAGUUCACUUGAUAAACAUUCCUUUUUUUUC